ACGAUUAAUUAUUGUUUAUUCAUAACAAUAAAGUUGUUUGGAUUACCAUAACACUAAAUCACAGAGAUGCAAUCUUCACCACAUUGAAAAAAACAAGAACAAAAAAAACCAAUUCUAUAAAUAGAUAACAUUACCUUCACUAUAUAAUUCACCUAGACAAACACAACAUUCUUCACCAAAUCAUUUCUUUAUUUAUAACAUUUGUUCUAAUCAAUAUCACAACAUUCGUAUACGUUAUGGCAGCUCAAAGUUUGAAGAAAACAUGCAAUCUUCUGAUUGUUACAGCUUUAAUCACAAUGAUGUUUUCGGCACAAAUCUCACAUUCGAAUAAUGUAGAUAUGUGUAUCAAACAUUGUGUCUCAAACCAAUGUUUGAAAGAAGUUAAAAACGCUACUCCUACAAUGUGCGAGGAUGCUUGCAAAAAACUUUGCAAUGACCUACAAAAUGGUAAAGAAAAAUACAUUGUGCCUACUAAAAGCAGGUUUUGCAAAUGGUUUCCUAAUUGGUGUGGUGCUGUUAAUUAAUCUAUAAUCUCAAAAGCUCUCAUUGUUUGUUUCUUCUUAUACAUAUGUUAAUCCACUUCUUAUACAAUGUUGUCUAACUGUUCUCACGUCAGUUUUCUUGUAACAAAUAUGCAUGUUGUCGCUCAUUUUAUAUAUUAAUCUUCCAGCUAAAGGAAUUCAAAUGAUGUAAUUUAAAUCGCAUUUUAUUGUUUAUCUUUUG